UGGAAGAAGACGACGACGAGUCGGGCAGCUGACAUUAGCGGAGAUGGCUGCUUCGGUGGGAGAAGAACCGGCGGAAGAAGGAGAAGUGGUGGCGAAGCUGGGGUCAUAUGGCUGGGAGGUUCGGCUGUUGGUCGGCGGAGGAGAGGAAGAGUCGGAGGCGGCGGCGGCGGAGACGAUGCUUCUGUGGGGAAUACAGCAGCCGACACACUCUAAACCCAACGCCUAUGUGGCGCAGUCUUCUCUGACACUUGCCCUCGAAGCUUGCGGCCACUCCCUCUCCAUCCUUCAGUCCCCUUCUUCUCUUGGGACUCCAGGAGUGACUGGAGCGGUGAUGUGGGACAGCGGGGUUGUUCUUGGCAAAUUCCUAGAGCAUGCUGUGGAUUCCGGGAAACUUGUCCUUCAAGACAAGAAGGUUGUUGAACUAGGCUCUGGAUGUGGACUUGUUGGCUGCAUUGCAGCUCUUUUGGGUGCACGCGUUAUUCUGACAGACCUGCCUGAUAGACUAAGACUUCUGAAGAAGAAUGUAGAGACCAAUCUAAGAUAUGGCAAUAUGCGGGGUUCUGCAACAGUCAGAGAAUUAACUUGGGGAUAUGAUCCUGAUAUAGAGUUGAUCGAACCUCUUCCUGACUAUGUGUUGGGAUCAGAUGUUAUCUAUAACGAGGAAGCCGUCGUGGAUUUGUUGGAUACGCUGAUGCAACUUUGUGGAACCCAAACAACUAUCUUUUUAGCAGGGGAACUUCGAAAUGACACUGUCCUUGAAUACUUCUUGGAAGCUGCGAUGAAGGAUUUCGUUAUCGGGCGUGUGCCCCAGGAGCAAUUCCACCCAGAUUAUAGAAGCCGCCGAGUUGUGAUGUAUGUACUCAUAAAGAAGCGAAACCAGCUGACAUGACAUUUCUCAAUGCAAGUCCGAGAAGAUUAAGCAUGAAGACUGUGCUCAAAGAGAACAUUCUCCCUGGACGAUCUCACCUGUGGUCGAGAUACUGAACUCUUGUUGUUAUUGAGGUCACACUAUAUUCUGUUUUAGGAAUUGGAUGAUCUAUGCUGCGUCCAGAUGUUGGAUUAUCAAGCUGUAAUUAAGAUGUCGUACUUGGAAGAGAUCGAGUUUUUUCAUAGGAAACUUGGGCAAAUUAAUCAAGCUAUGCUAUGAAGUAUAACGAUGUUAGCAUUUCAUUAUGAACUGAGACCAGACCUUGAAUGUUU